AUGGCUGAGUUGUUAAGAAAGAAAAUUGAGGCUUUGAAGUCGCGGAAAGCCGCAGCGGAAGAGCCCGUUGUGACACCACAGUCAUCAUCGACCACUGCGGCACUUGCGCCCUCUUCUUCAUUGCCCUCUCCGUCAACUACCGUUACAGCCGCAGCUCCCGCACAAGUUAAGUCCACUUGCUCCGUCCCACUGGCUAAUCUACCCCCAGCCUUUGUUUCCCCUUAUACGGCUGUCGUGAAGUAUAGAGACACCGUGAAGGACCCACUUUGUGCGCAGUUCACCACGAGUGUUGCCGUAGAAUUGUUUAAAACCUUCAUUCAGCAACGGCACCGCGGAAAUGUCAGCGUGCAAGCACAGAAAAGGGCCCGCUCAGAGGAUUUUGGAGCAACUGAAAGGCCAGUACGGUCGAAGGAAGACAAUGACAGUGCAAAGAACGAAGAGGAAGUGCAACAGCAGCGAGAGGAAGGGUAUCAACACCAGCAUCACAACAACUCUUCCGGUGAGGGCGAGUCACUGAGUGGGGUUGGCAGCGGCGGCGACGGGAUUAAUAAGAAUAUUGUUCAUUUUACGCAUCCACCACUAUGCACGGUAGUCUCUUACUUCCUACCCUAUCUUGAAGCAAGGUGUUUCACUCAUAGUGACGUGAAAGACAGGGAAGGGAAGACAACCUGGGCUUCUGAAGCACCGGAUGCUCCCUCACUGUUGCAGGGCUAUGUCACUAGCCUGCAUAAAAACGUAAAGAGUAGUGUGAAGGCCAUUCGGGUGUCUGGUAAGACGCGGCCUCCGUGCCGCUCUGUGAAUGAAUAUGUUCCCGUGGGUCAAAUUGCGCACGGGGUGUAUGGUGUAGUGUACCGUGCCACCGAGGCAAACGGUUCUUCUUCGAGUGGAGGUGGCCGUGGAAGAAAGUUUGCUCUCAAGCAGGUAAAACAACGAUGGCUCGAGGAGUCAGAGGUUGGGUUUCCGCCGUAUCUGCUGCGGGAGUUUGACCUGCUGCUUCGAUUGCGGCAUCCAAAUAUUGUGUGCGGCAGGGAAGUUGUUCUUUUGGAUAAAAAGAGCAAUUCCUCAAAAGCGUCGAAGCAGCAAGAGGUAAAACCAGCAACGGGUACAACUGGCAGAGAGGUCAGCAACGAGGUCGGCCGUCACAAUCACCGUACUGAUAAUGUGCAAAAGACGAAUGAAGAACCGACGGCGUCGGGCAACGACGACGGCCUUCCCUCGUCAUGCAAUCAGGGUGGGGAUAAGAAAGAAGAAGAACCGCCGCAAAUCAAGACAAAGCUCUCAGCUGAUAAAAUGAAAGAUGUGUAUCUCGUUAUGGAGUACUGUCCGUACGACCUGAAAGCUUUUAUUUACCAUCGCAAGGGCGUCGCUGCCCUUCUGCACCUUAGUUCUGCGAACAAACAUCCAGACGCACCGAGGUGUUUCCUCUCACGCGUCAAGUGUGUCAUGCAGCAGCUGUUCACCGGUGUCGCCUUUUUGCAUGACCAUCGUAUAUUGCAUCGCGACAUUAAAACCUCCAACAUUCUCAUUAGCUCCACGGGUGAGGUGAAGUUAUGUGACUUCGGCCUGGGGCGUCACUAUCGCGAGGGACAGGAACUCACGGCGAAUGUGGUCACGCUCAUGUACCGAGCUCCUGAGCUUCACUUUGGCAUUACCGACUAUUCGUAUAAGAUGGACAUGUGGUCUCUCGGUUGCAUCAUGGCCGAAAUUUUUCUCAAGGAACCUUUGUUCCGUGCAGAGGAAGAAAGCCGUCACUUCGCCGUAAUAUGCGAUGUUAUUGGGAUCCCGACGGAGGAAACGUUUAGUGGGCUGUACAAAAUGCACGAGGUGACGCGUCUGAUGCGGUCACUGAAGCGGUACAAUCGUGAGAAUACACUGCAGCAAAUUUUUUCUCGUUCAAACCAUAGUGGAGCAGCAACGCUUCCACCCAGUGGAAUGGACCUAUUGAACCGCAUUUUGCGAUGGAACCCAAUUGACCGACUCUCAGCACGUGAGGCGCUUGAGCACAAAUUCUUUCACGAGGAUCCCCUUCCGUGCAUGCCGGAGGAGCUGCUGGCGCCUUUACCGACCACUGUUGCGGCAGAACAAAUGGUCGGAGUUCCCUCGCAAAGAGAAGGCGGGGCGGCGGUGGUGGCUGGAAAAUCGUCCUCAGAAACCAACUGCGCGAUACCUCAAGCUUUGGAAUCAUGCGAAGGAGGAGACAAUGAGGAAACCUGUGGUUUUGGUGAGACAGUUCGCUCGAACGCUGAGAGCCCGACAGCGGAUGUGUUGAGAGCACGCGCCAGCAAUAUCGAUGAGGAAGUCGAGGUGGAAGUGCGGCGCCGCUAA